ACAAUUAAUGUCAAAAAAAAUUAAUGUAAAAAAAUAAAACAAAAUCAAGAAAUAUUUUUCUUGGGAAAAACCAAAAGCAAAGAGAGAUUUCCUAAACUCUUAAAAAAUUGCAUCUCUCUUCCUUCGAAGCACAAGUUAGAGUUGCAGUGGUGGUUGGAGAGUGGAGAUGACGGGUUACCGAGCGGAGGACGACUACGACUACCUCUUCAAGGUGGUUCUGAUUGGCGACUCCGGAGUCGGCAAGUCCAACCUGCUCUCGAGGUUCACCAGGAACGAGUUCAGCCUCGAGUCAAAAUCCACCAUUGGCGUGGAGUUCGCGACUCGCAGCUUGACUGUUGAUGGCAAGGUCAUUAAGGCUCAGAUUUGGGACACUGCUGGCCAAGAAAGGUACCGUGCCAUUACAAGUGCCUACUAUCGAGGAGCUGUGGGUGCACUUCUUGUGUACGAUGUUACCAGGCACUCCACAUUUGAGAAUGUUGAGAGGUGGUUAAGAGAGUUGAGGGAUCACACAGAUCCCAACAUUGUAGUCAUGCUCAUUGGAAAUAAAUCGGAUCUUCGUCACCUUGUGGCUGUCUCCACUGAGGAUGGGAAAUCCUUUGCCGAGAGGGAGUCUCUUUACUUCAUGGAAACUUCUGCUCUAGAGGCUACCAAUGUGGAGAAUGCAUUUGCCGAGGUUCUUACUCAGAUCUACCAUAUUGUCAGCAAGAAGGCUAUGGAGACAGGUGAUGAGGGGGCUGCCUCUGGUGUACCCUCCAAGGGAGAGAAAAUUGAUGUCAGUAAAGACGUCUCUGCAGUGAAGAAAGCCGGGUGCUGCUCAAGCUAGCUUUUUUAAUUUGAACUGAGCAGGAUGUGGCUGGUGUUGGUUUGUAAAAUCCUCUUGGAGAUUGCCUACGGUAGGAGAUAGGAAGAGAUUGAUUUACAUUUUUCAUUCAAUUUUUCAUGAUAGCGUGUUAUUGUCAACAUACUUGAGAGGCUUAAAGCUUCAAGAGGAACUGGAUAUUACUUACAUAUUACACUAGUGCUUCCAGUGGGGUAGGUUUAAA